AUGGCCGAUGAUAAGAGCGGGAAGCAAGCUACCUUGGGGAGGUUUUUCGGCUCGGGCGCCAAUCAACCGCCGAAGAAGCAAACCACAUUAUCUUUUGGUGGAAAGAGACAACCAGCACGCAGUGAUGCUACUGCUGAUACGGAGACCAAGGAUAGCACGGACGGAGUUAAGGUAGAAGACGCGACCGACUCAAUGCCAACUACUACCCUCAAUGGAACAGAGCCAGCGAAGGGUGUGAAGCGGGAAAAGAGCGCCGAGGCGGAAGACAGCGAUGGUUCUGAUAUACAGCCUGUCUCUAAGAGGCGACGAAAGGCCUCGGUGAAGACCUCUCCAACUGCCAAGAAGCAAUCGGCAUCUCCGAAGAAGCCCGUGUCUACAAAGCCAAAGGUUGAAUCACCACCACCAAAACCAGUCAUGGAAAAGCCUUCCGAUAUUACCCCUGAAGAGAAGUCACCAUCGGUAGAAGAAGAGGAGGACCCAUUGGAAAGCGAGGACGAAGAUGACCUCAAGCCGGAGCUCACGAAGAAAUCAAUCGAAAAGUUUCAAGCCAAAUUGAAAGCCAGUGGUAAAGAUCCGUACCCAGACUGGAAAGCAGGUGCUCCUGUUCCUUAUGCCGCAUUAUGUACCACAUUUUCUCUGGUAGAGAUGACCAGGAAGCGGUUGGAAAUCACAGACCACUGUUCUCUUUUCCUUCGCCAGGUUCUUCGACUGACCCCUACCGAUUUUCUACCCACUGUUCAGCUGAUGAUCAAUAAAUUGGCUGCCGAUUAUGCCGGAAUUGAACUGGGUAUCGGAGAGUCACUCAUCAUGAAAGCUAUUGGUGAAUGUACCGGCCGCAGUCUUGCCGUCAUCAAAGCUGAUCAACGGGAAAUCGGAGAUUUGGGACUGGUUGCUGCCAAAAGUCGGUCAAACCAACCUACUAUGUUCAAGCCCAAGCCUUUGACUGUUCGAGGUGUGCAUGAAGGCCUUCUUGGAAUUGCCAAGGUCCAGGGUCAUGGAUCUCAGGACAAAAAGAUUUCAGGCAUCAAGAAACUACUGGCUGCAGCCGAUGCCGAUACUGCUGGCAAGGGAGGUAAAGGGGUGGAUAUCACCGAAAACAAGGGUGGCCCUAGCGAAGCCAAGUUCAUCGUUCGCUUUUUGGAAGGUAAACUGAGACUGGGACUCGCAGAGAAGACAGUUCUCGUCGCUGUUGCGCGGGCAGUCCAAACUCACGAGGCUGAAUCAGCUGGCAACAAGAUUCCGUCCGCAGAGCAGAUGGCCGAAGGUGAAAAUAUUUUCAAGACUGUUUACAGUGAGCUCCCCGCCUACGAAGUAAUCAUUCCUGCUGUUCUUGAGCAUGGUCUCCUCAAGCUGCCUGAAGUGUGCAAGCUUUCUCCCGGAAUUCCUAUCAAACCUAUGCUUGCCAAACCAACCAAGUCUAUAACCGAGGUCCUUGACCGAUUUGAAGGGAAGGAAUUUACUUGCGAAUAUAAGUAUGAUGGAGAAAGAGCGCAGAUCCAUUUCGUGUCUCCAGAUUCUAUCCACCAGUAUCCUGGAGCCUUGAACACAUUACAGCAGGACAGCAAAGGCCUCUCCUCUAUAUUUUCACGCAACUCGGAAGAUCUUUCGAAGAAGUAUCCCGAUGUUCUAGGCAAGCUUGACACAUGGGUCAAAUCUGACGUUAAGAGCUUUGUUCUUGAUUGUGAGACUGUCGCGUGGGAUACGGAGGCCAAAAAGGUUCUUCCAUUCCAGCAACUGAUGACUCGCAAGCGCAAGGAUGUCAAAGCGGAAGAUGUUAAGGUCAAGGUCUGCGUGUACGCCUUUGACCUGCUUUUCUUCAACGGAGAGCCCUGCGUGAAGAAGUCUCUGCGGGAACGGCGAGAGCUUAUGCAUGAAUGCUUCCAGCCAGUUGAAGGGGAGUUCCAGUUUGCCCAAUAUGGCAACUCUAAUGUUCUCGAUGAGAUCCAAGAAUUACUUGAGGCUAGUGUUAAGGCUUCUUGUGAGGGGCUGAUGGUGAAGAUGCUAGACACAGCAGAGAGUGGCUAUGAGCCAAGCAAGCGGAGUCGCAACUGGCUGAAGGUCAAAAAAGAUUACCUCGCCGGUGUUGGUGACUCUCUUGACCUGGUCGUGCUCGGGGCCUACUAUGGUCGUGGAAAACGUACUUCGGUUUAUGGUGCAUUCCUACUCGCUGCGUACAACCCUAGCAGCGACACAUAUGAGACCAUAUGUAAUAUCGGCACUGGCUUCUCUGAGGUUCUACUUGAAGAGCUACACCAGACGCUAGUUCCUCUCGUAAUUGACCGCCCUAAGCCAUUUUACACCCACUCGGCCGUCCCUAAGGACCAACCGGAUGUUUGGUUCGAGCCAAGGCUGGUGUGGGAAGUCAAAACAGCUGAUUUGACCCUCAGCCCACGCUACCAAGCCGCUGCCGAUGAGUUCCAAGGAACAACCGACGGUGGAAAGGGUGUGUCUCUGCGUUUCCCGCGAUACAUCAAAUCCCGCGACGAUAAGAAGCCAGACGAGGCUACUACCACACGCGCUGUGGCGGAGAUGUAUCGGAAACAAGAAGCUGUCACUAAGGAAACUACGAGCAAGGGAGGCGUGGACGAUGACUUUGAGUAUUGA